CUCAAAAGGACCCGGCUCUGGGGCCGGAGCAGUGGCCGCAUUCCCGAGCCCGACGGCGCCCGCUCGCUCCUCGUCUGCCCGGCCGGCCGGCCGGCCCCCGCCGCGAGGGCACAGCUGUUCUCAUUAGGGAAGAAUAAGCUUGAAUCCUGUUUUCUCGAUCUGAGCAUCUAGAUCUGAAAAAGGACACCAGCGGAGGUUAUCUGAGAUGUGUUCCAGCAGAUGCCUUAGGGCCCCGUGGGCCGCCCCAGAGGACUCAGUCCCGGUGGCCAGCGGCUCCCAAGCAGCUCACGUGCGCUCAGCCUCAGGCUCCCGCUGACGCACCUGGGAACCUCGCUCGCCAGCCCCCACCUGGCAUCCUUGCCGGCAGUGCCCCCCACCCCCCCGAGCCAUGGAGGCCCCCGAGGUCCCCGUGGGCUCGCUGAUUGACUUCGGGGCCGGGGCCAAGCCAUCCACCUCCUCGCCCCUGGAGAUGCUGUCCCCAAAGCUGCAGGACGGGGACAGCUCCCCGGGCGAGGGUGCGUCGGAGAGUGAGACCACGGAGUCGGCCGACAGCGAGAACGACGUGGGCGAGUCGCCCUCGCACCCUUCCUGGGGCCAGUGCCGCCGCUGCUCUUCCAGCGAGUCCUUCUCCUCCAACCAGAGCACCGACUCGGCCAAGGAUGCGGAGCUGCUGGAGCUCCGGGAGUUCAUGCGCGGCUACGUGGAGAAGAUCUUCUCCGGAGGGGAGGACUUGGACCAGGAGGAGAAAGCCAAGUUCGGAGAGUACUGCAGCAGUGAGAACGGAAAAGGCCGGGAAUGGUUUGCCCGGUACGUGAGCGCCCAGCGCUGCAACUCCAAGUGCGUCUCGGAGGCCACCUUCUACCGCCUGGUGCAGUCCUUCGCGGUGGUCCUAUUUGAGUGUCACCAGAUGGACGACUUCGGGCCUGCAAAGAACCUCAUGACCAUGUGCUUCACCUACUAUCACAUCGGUAAACCACACCUGCUCCCCUCCGAGUUCAAGGAGAAGCCGGCCGGGAGCAUCGACUCCUACUUGAAGUCGGCCAAUAGCUGGUUAGCGGAGAAGAAGGACAUCGCCGAGCGGCUUCUGAAGAACACGUCGGCCAAGACGGAGAACGUCAAGGGCUUCUUCGGGCUGGAGACCAAGCCCAAGGGGCCCCUGGCCAGGAGAAGCGAGGAGAAAGAAGGCAAGUCCCAGGAGAAGCCACGGAAGACGGUGACUGUGUGCAGCCCAGAGGAGGAGAGGAAGGGGGAGAAGAUCUACCUGUACACACACCUGAAGCAGCAGCCCAUCUGGCACACGCUGAGGUUCUGGAACGCGGCCUUUUUCGACGCUGUCCACUGUGAGAGGAGAAAGCGGUCUCCCACCACCAGAGGGGAUGCUGGAGAGGAGGAGAAGAAGAGAGAGAGGUGGUGCCACAUGACCCAGGAGGAGCGGGACGACAGCCUGCGGUUCAACGAGAACAUCACCUUCGGGCAGCUGGGCACGUUCACGCACAACAUGCUGGCGUUCGGGCUGAACAAGAAGCUGUGCAACGACUUUCUGAAGAAGCAGGCGGUGAUUGGCAACCUGGAUGAGGAGCAGUACAAGCUGCUGAGUGACCACAUCGAGCAGAUGGCCGCCGAGUAGGCCUCGGCAGGUGGCCCGAGGCUCCCCCAGGAGGACUGUGGGUGCCAGGAGAGUCCAGCAGCUGAAGGCCAGGGGCUGGAUUCAGAGGCAACUCCUGGUGACAGGGAAGGACCCCUCUGAAGGCAGCAAGGAUUCUGAAGAGCACGGGGACCCGAGCCUGGGUCCCGUUCUACCUCCCCACCAACCCACUGCGUGCCUUUUGCCAAAUUGUUUUCUGAACCUCAGUUUCUUCAUCCAUAUAAUGGGAGGGAAAACAUCACCCAUCUGAGGCGGUUCCUGCGAGAAAUGCAAACGUGCUUCUCGCUCUAAUCUCUUUCCUCCUUGUACCGAUGAGGAAAUAAAUCAACCUGGGAGCUGUACCUGUAGGAAGGGUCCUGCCCAUUAAAGGAAAAAGAAAAACGACCAAACUUCUCUCUAAAUUUUAUAGGAAUCCAUUUAAAACAUACUCUUCAAAAUUCAUGA